CAUGAGCACAGGAAGAAUGUACUGUAAGCAAGACCUUCUUGCUACAACAGUGCUAUUUCACCACUGUGAUGCCCCAGGAAACAGAACUGUCCUGCUUUCUUUUUAAAGGGGUGGGGAAUGGGUCAAGGAAAGACCUAUCAAAUUUGGUGCGGAUCCGGAUGAAUAGAAUAUAUGAGGUGGACAAGGGUUGUGCUCAUCUGAGUAUCACGGUACUUGUUUUGCGCGGCAUCCACCAUGGGGAAGGGCUCAGCGAGGACGGCGACCUGGCUAAAGCUUGCCAUAUUUGUCGCUGGUUGCCGAGCGACCGAACAGGAAGUAGCCCAGUGUACACGCUUGUUUGGACUUGAAGUAGUCUGCAGCUGGGCAAUAUGGAUUUGUUACAACGAAAAGCCCUGGAUUCACUUUUACUGAGGAGGAGACGAGGAGCGGCAGCAAGAAAAAGGGAAGGGGUUCAUCCGAUUAUGAAGGCAUGGCAGGAUCUCUGGGUGCUCAAGCUUGUCCGAGGAGAACACUUCAAGGUGUACUUCAGGUUUCUACAAGUUUCUCCAUGCUUUUUUUGAGGUAGCUGACAACACCUCGAAAAUAUGUUGCUCUUUUCACUCUGAAAUCACUCGUAUCAGCAUCUCUCCUAUUGGCUCCGCCGUCUUUCAUCAUGGUGGCGCUGCACCCGAACUGAAAAUCCAAUCAGGGUAACAACGCUGGCAUAGCAUUCCAACGGUGUACCGUGGCAGCAUGUGUACACAAUGAAUGGGUUUGCUACAGUGGGUACGGAAAGUAUUCAGACUCCCUUAAAUUUUUCACUCUUUGUUAUAUUGCAGCCAUUUGCUGAAAUUUUUGCAGAAUUAAAAAAAAAACCAACAACUUAAAUAUCACACAGCCAUAAGUAUUCAGACCCUUUGCUCAGUAUUUAGUAGAAGAACCCCCUGAUGCCACUACCUGUACAGAGUCAUGGCAAGAUACGAGAGACCGCCACCUUUAUUUUGUUAAAACCUCCAUUAGAUCUCAGAUUCUGUAUCAGAACACUUCCAACAUGGAUAUUAAUUAGUUUUUAUCUUUAUUUCCAUGUAAUGAUGAUGAUAUUAGUGCUGUAACUGUCAAACCUGCUGCAGAACAGGUCGGAUCUCCAUCACUGACAGAGGAAGGCGCCACUCGAGCAGCUGAUGGAGACUCAUGUCGAGCUUCUCAAACUCCAGACAAAACUGCCCCUGGAAGGUGAACGAGUCAUUCCAGCAGACAAUAUUGAAGCGGUCCGAGCCACGUUCUUUCAGCUCGAUCAGAACGCGCUCCUGUAAUGCACAGUAUGCAAGUCACAUGCAGUGUGUCUUUGUGAAGUGCAACUAAACUUGUGACGUAAGCACCUCAUCCUUGGCGUCCUCCAUCUUACUGCUGUCCUUGAUCACCUUCAAAGCCACAGUCUCGCCCGAUGACAUCUUCCUACACUGGACCACUUCGCCGAACGACCCGGCCCCUAAAAGUUCCUCCAUCAUGUAGCUGCAGGUGGGAGAGGAGAUCUGGCACUCCACAGUCACUGGAAAGUUGGAACGCUCCAUCCUCUGGUUCCUCACACUGAGAUGUCAGACCAUGCCCAGUCCAUGUCUUUACAGGCAUGAGACCACAGAAACACUUCUGGCUUUGCGCCGUUGUGUGUGUGUUGUGUGUGUUGCCCAAGGUUGUGUCCUCUCUCCGCUGCUCUUCUCUCUCUACACGAACGACUGCACCUCAACGCACCCGGCUGUCAAACUCCUGAAGGUUGCAGAUGACACCACUGUCAUCGGCCUCAUUAAGGAUGGUGACGAGUCUGCAUAUCGACAGGAAGCGGAGCGGCUAGAGCUGUGGUGCGGCCGACACAACCAGGAGCUGAACACGCUCAAGACUGUAGAGAUGAUCGUGGACUUCAGGAGGCAUCCUUCGCCACAGCUGCCCCUCACGCUGUCCAGCUGCCUUGUGUUAACCGUCGAGACCUUCAAGUUCCUGGGAAUUACAAUCUCUCAGGACCUGAAGUGGGCGAUCAACAUCAACUCCGUCCUCAAAAAGGCCCAGCAGAGGAUGUACUUCCUGCGGCUUCUGAGAAAGCACGGCCUGCCACAGGAGCUGCUGAGGCGGUUCUACACAGCGGUCAUCGAAUCAGUCCUGUGUUCUUCCAUCACAGUCUGGUUAGGUGCUGCUCCAAAAAAGGACAAACUCAGACUGCAACGGACACUCACAACUGCUGAAAGGAUUGUUUGUACCCCCCUACUGACCCUUGAGGACUUGCACGCUGCCAGAACUAAGACAAGACCGUGCAAAAUUCUCUCAGACCCUCCACAUCCCGGUCACCGGCUCUUCCAGCUCCUUCCCUCAGGUAGGGGCUACCAAUCAAUGCAAACUAGAACUAGCAGACAUUCCAACAGCUUCUUCCCUCUUGCAAUCAACUUCUUAAACACCUGACCUACAAUUCCAUUGCAACAUGCUGGCAAUUUUUUUUCUUUUUUCUUGAGUGUGUUACCACAUUUCUGUCGGGCCAAUUAUAUAUUACUCGUGCACUCACUGUAGUAGUCUCACCGCACUGCACUAUUUGCAUAUCUGUUGUUGACCAAUACUCGCCACUCAUGCCAGAGUAGCAUCUGCUCCAUUUGCACACUGACUGAGGAGUAUCUGCAACAUUUGCACAAUCAACAUUGUCCCAGACUAUCGUACUACUCGCUUGAAGUCUCGGCACCCUUUGCACAAUGGUCAUUAGUCAUUCAAACUGCUCUAAGUGCUAGAGGAUUCUGCAUCUUUUUGCACAAUUGUAAAAAAAAUGUAUUUAAAAAAAUUAAAU